AUGGUAUCCAGGAUUCGCCGUCAUUCAGGCAACAAAGUUUUGUAUCAGGGCGUUACCCCACACCCCAGAUCAAAACCACACCCAGCUUGCUCCGUUUGUGACAGUCUAGUGCUUCCACGUUCGACUAAGCUCGAUGGUCAUCGGCGCGGCACUGUUUAUUGCGGAGAUAUUUUCGGCGGUGAUCUCCAGCCUGUGAAGCAGAACCCCCCCCUUGCGUGCCGUUACCAUCCCCUCUCUCCGGAUGUCAAGCAAGGUGCGCUGGUGACUCUUCCAGUACAACAGUGCUGCCAGUGCACCUGCGUUGAUAGCGACUUUGAAUGUGGCAUCGCGGGCUUCUCCUGUCUGGACCCCUCCGCAACUGAGUUAUACGACUGCGAGGAACCGCCGACUGGUAGCCCUUGCUCAUUGGAAGCUCAGCAGGCGUGGGUGGUGGAAGACUCUGCGCAGGCACAGGCUGUGGCGGCCAACGUCAAUUGCUCCGGCGAGUCAUUCCAGGUGAAGUGGAGAGGGAGCGUGUCCUUAGAUGCACCCAUCUUCAUCAUGCACGGGACCGAUCUUAACGUGACGGGCGGCGGCGAAGCGAGCGCUGUCAUCGACGGGAACGGAAACACGCGAUUAUUUUCCGUCGACAACGCCACCCUCCGCUUGAGCGGGGUGGAACUCUGCUCCGGUUUCAGCACCGGCGGCGGGGCGAUUGCGGCGUCUGGUGCCACGUUGGCGUUCAGAAACACAAGUUUUGUCAACGACAGCGCUGGCACUAACGGAGGGGCGCUGUGGUGGAGCGAUUCGAGUGCCUCGCGGGGGGGGGGCACAGGAUUCAUUAGCAACACUGCUACUGAGUCUGGAGGUGUGAUUUUCCUUCUGAACGGAUCGUACGUAAGUUCUACCGGAGACACCAAAGUUGUGCGGAACGGCGCACUUGUCGACGGAGGCGCGGUGGGAUCGGUUGCCUCGGACUCUGUUCUGAGCCCCGAGGACUCUACCCUUUCCAUCGAUGGCCCCACGGCCUUCGUGAACAACACGUCCGGAGAAAACGGCGGCGCCUUAGCCCUUCUUGGAGAGCUGUCGAUUUCUGUCAACACUGAGGAGUCCAGCUUUGUCGAUAACUCUGCUGACUUGGCGGGAGGAACCGUCUACGUCUCCGACACAGCAAUCGGCCCGACAUUUUCCGACGUUAUCUUCGACUCCAACUUUGCUCACGUCGGAGGAGCACUGCUCCCAACCACGUUCAGCCGAUGCCGGUUCACCUAUAACCGGGAAACAGCAACGGGUGGGGCUGUCGACAGCGCGAGCGGACAAGAUCUUUUCGAAGACACCGUGUUUAGGGGCAACCAAGCGGUGACGGGGGGUGCGCUGAGACUGGCGGGCAGGGCGUCUUUAGAAAAUUGUUCUUUUGUGGAGAACCUUUCCGACGAGGGGGAGGGCGCGGCAGUGUCCAACGUCGGUAUCAUUUCAGAGAUCAGCAACACCAGCUUCAGCGGGAACGUCUUCAACUGCGCGCCAGACACUUUCCUGAACUACACUGUACGUGAUACAAUGUUGACAUGCUCAUUGUCGACUAUGUCAGGAGAUCCGUUGGACGAAGCCUGUAGUGGAUGCCAAGCUACCUGCGAUGGAUGCGCCCAACCGCCUGCGGUCCCGUUAUGCUCGGACGUGAUUCCCGAUUCGAGGAGCGAUGGUGGCUUGGUUACCCUGGAAACCCUAUUGAUCGAUCCCGGCUACUGGAUGGCGACUAAUUCUAGUACAGAGGUCCUGGCGUGCUACAAUGUCGACGCCUGCGUUGGGGGUAUUACGGGGGCAACUGAGUACUGUGUUGAGGGUUACGAAGGGCCAUAUUGUGCCAUUUGCAGUGACGACUACUCGGUCCAGCUGGGAUUCACCUGCAGCAAGUGCCCCGACAGAGCCGGCGGUAUCCUGCUCGCAACUGCUCUUGCCGUGAUAGGACUCUUCACCGUCGCUGCUGUGGUCUCAUACGUGGCAUGGAGGGUGGGUGCAGAAAGCGAAGGGGGCGUGUCUCUCAUGUGUGGUACCGCUCUCCUUUCUCCUCCCUCCAAGAAAACCAUCGCCCUGCUUCACGCUGCUUGUUCCGCAUCGAUGCGGUUUACUUCCGCGGCGAACGUGACCUACCCGGCCGUGUACCAGCGCUUCCUGAAUGCCCUGGACGUGUUCAACUUCGAGAUUUCCUGGAUAAUAUCGGCUGGUUGCGUCAUGGACCUUGAUUUUCACGACCUACUGCUACUCUCGACGAUCGGUCCCCUCAUUGCUCUGCUGUUCCUGGCGGCAACCUACAGAGCUGGUUCGCGCAUCAACCGCGGAAAUACGGAGGCCCUGCAGCUUGUUUGGGACAGACAUGUGUCGAUGGUGCUCCUACUGGUACUUUUGCGUGCGACCAGCUCGACGGCGGCGGGGAAUACCUGCGCGCGGAUCGAGUACGAUUCCUCCAAUCAUCAAGGAUUCCGUGUGUACGCAGGGUUCAUGAUUCUGCUGUACCCGGUGGGCAUCCCUGCCUUCUACGGCGCUCUUCUGUUUAGGGAUCGCGACGUGCUGCAAAAGGAUCCGGACGGUCGAGAAGAUCCUCCCCGUAUUUCUUCGAUCUCUAACCUGUGGCAGCCGUACAGGCCUUCGUAG